AUGGCCCGUGUGUCAAGAGCUGUAAUAUUUAUAGUUACAGUCACCUCGUUUGCCCAAAUUAUUGUCGGCCGUAGGGCCUUUAACUCGUUGCACUUUCGCAGGGUCCUCACCACGUUUGAGUGCAAGUACGCCUCAGGUUACGAAGCGCGCAUUAGUCAAGAUCAGCUGAAAAUCAACAUAACGUUGGACCUGAUUCAAGCAAUCACGGUGGACGUUUGGGCGAAGGUCAGCGUGGGGCAAAGAGAAGCCAAGAACAGCUACCGCAAUAUAUUCUCGUACAACAUGAACAUCUGCAGCUUGAUUGGCAAGGGCAAAGGCAUAAGUAUCUUCCAGAUUUGGGUGCAGAACGUCUUCAGGUACACGAACAUGCCGCGAGCCUGCCCCAUUGCUGAGGGAAACUAUUACUGGCGGAAUCUGCGACCCGACAGGGACAGCAUACCCGCCUUCCUGGUGACGGGGCACUUUCGCAUUGAUGUCCUGUUCUACAUGCGGGACUGGAGCAACGAUAUGCUGACGAACACCACUGUGUUUGUCGAUAUUAAAAUGAAAUGA